UCUCUGGGGCCCAGCUGAGGAGACAGUUUGCUCACAAGUGCACGCUACUGACCUCAAUGGCCAGCUCCCAUCUGGAGGAAAGAUCCGGAACCCAGGUACCUGUUCAUCUGGGCUGAAUAGACAGAAAGGAGUCCCUCUCAGACUUCAGUGGACCCAUCUGCUUGGUUUAAAAAAAAAAACCCCGUGGAUCCAGGGGUGGAACCAGGGCACAGCCUGCCGUGAAGAGGCCCUGGACGAGCCAUGGCAGGUGUCUGUGACAGGGCCCCUAAUUUCCUCUCCCCAUCUGAAGACCAAACCUUGAGACCUGCCUUUGGCAGUGCAGUUGCUUUGAAUUGUACAGCUUGGGUGGUCUCUGAGCCUCAGUGUCCCCACCCCUCAGUGCAAUGGCUAAAAGAUGGUGUGACAUUGGGCAAUGGAAGCCACGUCAGCUUCUAUCAGGACUUUUGGGUCAGCGCCAACUUCUCAGAGUUGGUGUCCAGUGUUCUGGUGCUCAACUUGACCAGCGCUGAGGACUAUGGAACCUUCGCCUGCUCCAUCUGGAAUGCCAGCUCUCACUCCUUCAUUCUUUGGCGAGCUGGCCCUGCAGGCCAUGUGGCCGCAGUGCUGGCUUCCCUCCUUGUCUUGCUGGUUCUGCUGCUGGUGGCCCUGCUCUAUGUUAAGUGUCGCCUGAACGUGCUGCUUUGGUACCAAGACACCUGUGGAGAGGUGGAGAUGAACGAUGGGAAGUUAUACGAUGCCUACGUGUCCUAUAGCGACUGCCCCGAGGACCGCAAAUUUGUGAAUUUUAUUCUGAAGCCUCAGUUGGAGCGGCGUCGGGGAUACAAGCUCUUCCUGGAGGAUCGUGAUCUCUUACCGCGCGCUGAGCCCUCUGCCGACCUCUUGGUGAACCUGAGCCGUUGCCGGCGCCUCAUCGUGGUUCUUUCAGAUGCCUUCCUGGGCCGUGCCUGGUGUAGCCAGAGCUUCCGGGAAGGACUGUGCCGCCUACUGGAGCUCACACGCAGACCUAUCUUCAUCACCUUCGAGGGCCAGAGGCGUGAGCCCAUGCACCCUGCUCUCCGGCUCCUGCGUCAGCACCGCCACCUCGUGACCCUGCUGCUUUGGAAACCUGGCUCCGUGACGCCUUCCUCUGAUUUCUGGAAAGAGCUACAGCUGGCACUGCCACGGAAGGUGCAAUACAGGCCGAUGGAGGGAGACCCCCAAACCCGACUACAGGAUGACAAAGAUCCCAUGCUAAUCGUGAGAGGGCGUGCUGCCCAGGGCCGGGCCAUGGAGUCAGAGCUGGAUCCAGACCCUGAGGGAGACCUGGGUGUCCGUGGACCCGUCUUUGGGGAGCUGCCAACUCCGCUGCAUGAAAACAGGGUCUCAGUAGGUGACGGCCAGGGGAAUGAAAUGGAUGUCUCUGACCUUGGCUCCCGGAACUACAGUGCACGAACAGACUUCUACUGCCUUGUUUCCGAGGAUGACGUGUAGCCCUUAUCCUAGCAGCCCAAAUCAUAGGAUCAUGGCAGCUGGUCCCAGGGUAGAGGCAGGCACCCUUUCAUCCUAGCCCUGGGCCCCUCGGGGAAGGAGUGUGGCUCCGGGGUGUCACAAAAUAAAAAUCCUCUUGGCUCUUGCCUGGGCCCGUUUCUC